ACUCCAUUCUAUAUCAUACCACACACAUAUACCAACAAAUUACUCAAUAUUCAAAACACAACUUCAUAAAAAUAACAAUAUUGCUAUUCAGUCCUUAGUGAAGCACAUUAUUACAAUUAUGGCCUCAAACUCUUCAAGCAUGAAGCUACUCUGCAUGGUGGUCAUGGUCAUGGUGGUAGUUGCACCAACGACACAUGCCCUAACAUGUGGCCAAGUGUCUAGCAGUCUUAGCCCAUGCAUCAACUACCUCAAGAGCGGCGGUGCUGUCCCUUCACCAUGUUGUAAUGGGAUCAGGUCGCUGAACAGUGCGGCCAAGACCCCAGCUGACCGCAAGACUGCAUGCAAGUGCUUGCAGUCUGCGGCCGGCAGCAUCAAAGGACUCAACUUAAACCUCGCCGCCGGACUUCCUGGAAAGUGUGGUGUCAAUGUUCCAUACAAGAUCAGUCCCUCCACCAAUUGCAACAGUGUGCAGUGAGCUUGUGAAGAAUGCACAAGAUGAUUUUCGAGCAUAUAUAUAUAUAUAUAUAGGUUAUAUAAUAUAUGGAAAAAAUAUAAGAAUAAAGUGUGUGUGGGUUUAUAGUUUAUACCCCUACACGUGCGACUCUUGCUAUAUAUUUUAUAAUUAUAUUGCUAUAGGGAGUCGUUUUAGUUUUUAUUUAUAGUUGGAAUUUCAUGUAUUUUUAAUUAUAUCAUGUGUAAUGAAGAGAGUUCUUUUUAUGAAAUCUUAUUUUAUAAGC